UUUUUCUAAAACACCAGUUGCAUCAAAGGCAAAGUUUAAUUCAUCUCCAUUUCCAUAAUUUAUAUUGCUAACAAAACACUCAUAACCAAAAGCUAUAUCAAUACAAUAUCUCUUUCACUUCCUAUAAAUAAAAUAAAAAAAACACACAUACACACAUGAACCACUCUCCUCUCUCACUAUUCAACUUCUAUAGAGAUGGUGACAAGCAUGGAGUCCCAAGCCACUGAACUCCAUCAACCCAUCACACAGUCCAUCCAACCACCACCGCUGCCGCCACUGGAACCACCAGAACCACCGUCCACCACUGCCGCCGCCGCCUAUGAAUCGAGGUUGAAGCUCGAAAAAGUACUGUCAGAUAUCCAACUACCAUUCUUCAAGAGGAUGAGGCUGGCCAGUUGGAUUGAAUUGAAGAUCCUUUUUCGACUCGCCGGACCGGCGGUGAUGGUGUAUUUGAUCAACAACGCCAUGUCGAUGUCGACCCGCAUCUUCUCCGGCCACCUUGGCAACCUUGAGCUCGCCGCUGCCUCCCUCGGCAACAGUGGCAUCCAACUCUUUGCCUAUGGCCUCAUGCUAGGAAUGGGUAGUGCAGUGGAGACUUUAUGUGGUCAAGCUUAUGGGGCCCACAGGUACGAAAUGCUUGGGGUCUACCUACAAAGAGCAACGGUUGUCCUGACUCUAACAGGCCUCCCAUUAACAGUAAUCUACAUCCUAUCAAAACAGAUCUUGAUCUUGAUAGGAGAAUCAACGGCACUCUCUUCAGCUGCGGCUAUGUUCGUCUACGGCCUCAUUCCACAGAUCUUUGCCUACGCCAUCAACUUCCCAAUCCAAAAAUUCUUGCAAUCGCAGAGUAUUGUGGCCCCCAGCAUGUACAUAUCAGCUGCCACGUUGGUGGUCCACUUGCUAUUAUCCUGGGUCGUGGUGUACAAGUUCGACUUGGGCUUGAUAGGUGCAUCUCUGGUGUUGAGCCUAUCAUGGUGGAUCAUGGUGGUGGCCCAAUUUGUGUACAUUGUAGUGAGUGACAAGUGUAAGGCCACGUGGACUGGGUUUCGAAUGGAGGCCUUUUCUGGGCUUUGGGAGUUUCUAAAAUUGUCAUCUGGAUCAGCUGUUAUGCUGUGUUUGGAAACAUGGUAUAUGCAGAUUUUGGUGUUGAUUGCUGGCUUGUUGGAUGAUCCUGAACUUGCCCUAAAUGCUCUUGCUGUCUGCAUGGCAAUAAAUGGGCUUUUGUUCAUGGUUUCUGUUGGAUUCAAUGCAGCUGCUAGUGUUAGGGUUGGGAAUGAGCUUGGAGCUGGGAAUCCCAAAUCAGCAGCCUUCGCUGUUGUGGUGGUGAAUGUAGUCUCUUUUUGCGUCGCUGUAGUUGAAGCCAUCGUGGUGAUGGCGCUCCGCCACGUCAUCAGCUACGUCUUCACUAGUGGUGAAACUGUUGCCGAUGCAGUCGCCGAUCUCUGCCCUUUCUUGGCAGUCACUCUCAUUCUCAACGGGAUCCAACCGGUUUUGUCUGGUGUGGCAGUUGGGUGUGGAUGGCAAGCAUUUGUAGCAUAUGUGAAUGUGGGAUGUUAUUACUUUGUAGGAAUUCCAUUGGGUUGUCUUCUUGGCUUCAAGUUCGACUUUGGUGUCAAGGGAAUAUGGACUGGAAUGAUAGGAGGAACAAUGAUGCAGACCAUCAUCUUAAUCUGGACGACUUCUCGCACAGAUUGGAACACGGAGGCGGAGAAAGCUCGAAACCGUCUAGAGAAAUGGGAAGACAUAAAUCAGCCACUACUGAAAGACUCCAUAGCAGCCGAAGAAACUUUCAACAACGCUUCUCAAUAGCUACCAUGUCUCCUGCUAAAACAGGCUAUAGCAGAAUUCAACUAUAAAGCAGCCAAUGAACAGAACACAAAAACACGGGGUCAAAGCCUAGUUUCCGACCUAUUUUUCUGAUUCUGACAUUCACUCGCCUAUGUAUUCUUCAAUUUUUUGAAUAGAAUGUUUUCAAGGCUUCGCAUGAAGGUUUUUGAUUUCAUUCUACAAUGGAGGGACAGGUUCAUAACAAGGAUGUUUCGGACAGAUCUUACAGAUAGUAGUAAUUUCAAAAGAAAAUUCGAACUUCAUAAACAAUUCUUGUAAGCUUAGGUUUAUGAUUUAUCAACCUCAAAAACUAAAAGAGAUGUUUAAGGACUUUCUUCCAAGUCAGAAUACUGAUGUAUCAAAGUGAAUAUAGUGCGUGUAUUUCAACUAGGCAAGCCUGCCGAGGCUCAA